AUGGCUGGCAGCGAAAAUUUAAAAUCAAUGUUCCCAGAAUUGUACAAGCUAGAGAAAACUAAAAAGUGCAAAAUAAGGGACAGGAUAAACACCGGGGGAAUAACAUGGGAAUGGAAAUCGAGUCCAUCCUCUAGCUCUCAAGCAUGUGAAUUUGCUGAGUUGGCUCUCAAAGUGGAAUCAUUUCUACCAAACUCCCAACCAGACAGGUGGGUAUGUAGCAUCUCUGGGGAUGGGGUUUACCACGUCAAUGUGGUAAGGGAACUGAUAGAUACGGUGGGCUCGAGUAUUGAAGGAGGGAAGAUCGAUUGGAUUCCGGAGGUUCCGACUAAGGUACGGUGUUUCAUUUGGAGGGCGGUCUUAAAUGGUAUCCCAACUGCGUGUGCUCUCCAAAAGAGAGGAAUCAACUUCAACUCAGUUAUGUGCAACUAUUGUGAUCUGGAAAGAGAAGAUACUGAUCAUGCUUUGAUCAAGUGCCCGAUGGCAGCAAAGGUGUGGGAGGAGAUGUUCAGGUGGUUUGGCAUUCCUCAUCCUCAAUUUGGGAAUAUAAGUGACGUGGUGAGGUUCUGCUCUACAUGGGGAAGAUGCUUAAAAAAGAGGAGGAACCUAAUUAGCAUUUGCUAUGGUACUGCAUGGCUAAUCUGGAGAGCAAGAUGCAAUUUUGUCUUUAAUAAGAUUCGGAUAUCACCCAACCAACUGGCGGGGAACAUUCAAUCCAUGGUGUUUUCAUGGAUUAAACAUAGGAGAGUUAAUUGUUCUUAUAAUUGGAUUGAUUGGUGCUCUAGUCCUUCCUAUUGUAUGUAA